AUGCUCAAAAUUACAAAAGGAUCAAAGACGAGUGGGAUUGUUUUAUCUUUCUGUCUGUCUCAAAGGCUGCCCCUCCGCACCGCCAACAUGCCAGUUCUGGACCAAGAGCCCUCCAAAGAUUUAGGGGGCGGAGAUGCUCUCCCUAAGCUGCCGCUCCCAGCCCUGAAAGACACACUGGACAUGUACCUGAGGUGCAUGAAGCACCUGCUCACAGAGGAACAGUUCAACAAGACCCAAAAUGUAGUGAAGCAGUUUGGAGCCUCUGGAGGAGUGGGGGAGCUACUGCAGAGCAAACUUAUGGAGAGGAGGGAGAACAAGGCAAACUGGGUGUAUGAGUACUGGCUGAAUGACAUGUACCUUAACAACAGACUGGCUCUGCCUGUCAACUCCAGUCCUGUGAUGGUCUUCCCACAGCAGCACUUCAGGGCUCCCAUCGACUCUUUAAGGUUUGCUGCACACUUGAUUUCUGGAGUUUUGGAGUACAAGACUCUUCUUGAUUCGCGUGCUCUGCCUGUGGACUACGCCCGGGGCCAGCUGGCUGGAACCCCUCUGUGUAUGGAGCAGUACUAUCGCCUCUUCACUUCUUACCGCCUACCGGCACCUGAGAGGGACAUUCUGGUGGCCCAGGAGAGUAGCGUGAUGCCAGAACCUGAACACGUCAUUGUGGCUUGUAAAAACCAGUUCUUUGUGCUCGAUGUGGUGAUCAACUUCCGCCGACUGAAUGAAAGAGACCUGCUGACUCAGCUGGACAAAAUCGCCCGGAUGGCAGAUAGCGAAGAAGAGCGGCUCCCACCUAUUGGUCUCCUCACUUCUGAUGGAAGGACAGAGUGGGCCAAGUCUCGCGGCGAGCUAAUGAGAGAGUCUACUAACAGGGACUCUCUGGACAUGAUCGAGCGUUGUAUGUGUCUGGUCUGUCUGGAUGACCCCACCGGGCCCGAGCUUAGUGACACCACACGUGCUAUGUUGACGCUGCACGGCGGAGGAGUGGCCAAGAAUGGGGGCAACCGCUGGUAUGACAAACCCAUGCAGUUUGUUGUAGGAGCUGACGGCUGCUGUGGAGUCGUGUGUGAACACUCACCGUUUGAGGGAAUUGUCCUUGUGCAGUGCACAGAGUAUCUACUCAAAUACAUGAUUAGCAGCCCGUCAAAGCUAGUCAGGGCUGCAAGUGUGAGCGAGCUGCCUGCACCACGCAGACUCCGCUGGAAAUGUACUCCAGAUGUUCACAAACUUCUUGCCUCUUCUGCUGACAAACUACAGAGGCAGGUGAAAAACCUGGACAUGAAUGUCCACACAUUCUACGAUUACGGGAAAGAGUUCAUCAAGAAGCAGAAGAUGAGUCCCGACGCCUACAUCCAGGUUGCUCUUCAGUUAGCCUACUACAGAUGUCACAGCAGACCGGUGUCGACCUAUGAGAGUGGUUCUAUACGUCGUUUUCAGCAGGGCAGGGUGGACAACAUCCGCUCCGCCACUCCAGAAGCCCUGGCCUUUGUCAAAGCAAUGACUGAUGGGAAACUGAGCACAAGCGAUACAGAAAAGAUGGAGCUGUUACGAGGGGCAAUAACCGCGCAGACAAAGUAUACUAUUCUGACUAUUACAGGGUUGGCAAUAGACAAUCACUUACUAGGACUACGUGAAAUUGCACAUGAACUGAAGAUGGAGAAGCCGGAAAUGUUCAAAGAUGAAGCCCAUCUCAUCAGUAAUCAGUUCAUUCUCUCUACAAGUCAGGUUCCUACUACUGUUGAGAUGUUCUGCUCCUACGGACCCGUGGUUCCAAACGGAUAUGGAGCGUGCUACAACCCUCAGUCAGACCACAUUAUCUUCUCUGUGUCCAGUUUCCAUGAGAGCCCGCAGACAUGUUCAGCAGAAUUUGUCAAGUGUGUGGUUCAGGGACUCCUGGACAUGAGGGAUCUGUGCAAUAAAUGUAACUCCAGCUCCAAUGCAACCCAGCGAAGACAGGGUCAGACGCUGGAGACGCACACGCAAACAGAGACAAACUGGCAAAACAAAACACCGCAGAGACCAGCUGAGCGGAGCGAGAGUGAGCAGACACUGCCACAGGUUGUGCUGAAGACACCAGACCAGACUAAAGUGGAGGCUCAAACCCAGACUUCAUCGCAGGGAGAGUCACAAGCGUUGAAGAACGGAAGUAAAUCAUAGGAAACUGUCAGUGAGAGGGAAAAUAUUGGUGCUGUGAUUUUAAAAGUCUGUUUGGUGAUGCCACAAUGUAUUCCUCGAGUCAUUCAGAACAUUCACUGUAACUGUGAUAAAAAAUGUUACAUAAAGCUGUUAUGUAUACUGUACUGUGUACUGUACUGUCAAAUGUAUGAAGUGCUGAUGAUAAUCUAAUUUACUUAUUCUUAGAGAAUAUGUGAGGUGUUUGGUUAUAAUAGAGUGUAAUAUUAAAAAUCUAAUAUACAGCAGAAAUGUAAAUGUCUGUCAACAUGGCUACUGUAUGUUGGUAAAAAAAGAUCAAGCCAGAAUUGAGCUUUUGAUUGUUGUUUUGCACUUAAUUAAGACGAAUCAGCCAAAGAAAAGAGUAAAUGUAUUGUUUGGUGAUGAGCAAAAGUAGUCUGAGUUAUGGUAAAUGAUGGCUGAUUGUCACUCUAUGUCAACUUGCAAAUCGCAUGCUGCUAUCUGAUUAUUUUCUGAAGAUUCAAGGUACAUUGUAAAUCUAGAAUCUUCUAUGCAAUUUAUAUUUGUAUUGUCUUAGAAAAAUGUGUCUAUUGCACUAACAAUAUACAUGGUUAUUACUUACAUGUAUGUUACAAAAAGUAUCCUUUUAUAAAAUCGUUAGAUGUUUAGUUCAUACUGUACUUACUGUAUUCCAUAUACUGGAAAAAGCAACUGAUCAAGAUUUUAAGCGAUACUGUUUAUGUUAUCAAAGAAUGUUAAAUGUGAUCAAAAUUGUGUAUUUGUACAUUUAUGAGCAGAAUAUACUAAUUAAGUUAUUUAU